GCCCCGGAACCGCUGCCAGUGGGACUCGUUAUCCCGCAGGGCUGGGUGGGGCGGAGCCCGGGCUGCGGCUGUGAGGACCCGAGCGAGCGGAGGUAGAUUCUCGGUUUGGAGGCGGGGGCUGCAGCCAUGGCAGUGCCAGUCCGCCGCUUCUCGCUGCUCUGCGGCCGCCUGGGCCAAGUGCCGGCGCUGGGCGGGAGCGCGGCGCAGCUCGUGGGGGUGCCAGGAGCGGCCGGGCGCACGUUCCGGGGCUUUCGGAGCAGCGGCGUGAGGACCAGCAGAGAGAAGAGAUUCCAUCUUCCAGAGGUUGCCACUGUCUGCCUCCCCACUUGUCCCCACCCUCAGUCAUCAUUUUUUAAAUGUAUAGUGACACAUUAGUUGUCUAGUUCUUCAUAGUAAAUGUGGUUUAAAUCUGACAUCCUUCCAGUUGACUUAAAAUUUGAACCUUAGUGUUAUUCUUAACUGAAAAUUGUCUUUGAGUUUGAUAAACUCUUCCCCCAAAGAUACUGUUUUAAAUUAACAAGUUUAUUGCCAGUAUCUGAGCUAUAUAGAGCCUUAAAUGACAAAGUAUAUUUGAUUAUUUUUUCAUAUUUUUGACUAUAUAUUUAUUAUAAUGGAACAUAUAAAUACUUUUUUAGUGGAGUUUUUUUGUUUUUUGUUUUUUGUUUUUAACAAGUAGAAUUUCAAAUAAUGUUUGAUGGAAUUUGAAAGUUACAAAAUCUUCACGUGUCAUUUAACAUUUUUCUCUCAAUGGUUUUUCCUUGAAGAUUUGCCAUGAGUUUUUUUUUUCUUCUUUACUCAUAAUAAAUGUGAUCUUAUUAAUUGUAAGAAAAUGUAUUUGGUGUCAAAGAAAUAAAUAAGCUCUUCUAUUUGUUGCAGCUUAUUGUUUCUUGAAAUGAAUGACCUAAACAGCCAAAAAGUUAAAAGUUAAAAAUUCUUGGUGAUUAAUUUUUUCCCAUUUUGCUUUGCUGUGUGAGAAGUUUACAAAUCAAAAUGUCCUUGGGUUUCAAACAUCAUAUGAGUCCUUGGCCCAGUGCUUUUCAGUUUAUGGAGCCAGGCAGCAAUCUCUCCCAUUUGGAGGGGAGGUCAUAGACCUUACAUUAAUGUCACGCUUCAAGCAGAUUUGCAGGUGUCCUACAACAGGGACUUCCUCCAACCCUGCUUUAUUUUAGAUCAUUCUACCUGAACUAAUUUGCAGUAACUAAACGGAUAUCCCAAGUGUUUGUUCCAUGUUUACCCUGUUGCUCAGUGAUUCCUAAAAAUCGUGAAUUUGGCUGAUCCUUUCUUUUUCUACCUCCUUCUAUAAUUCCUUUGAGCAUGUGUAAUAUUUUGGGUACUGCCCUACAGCUGUUUAUGGAAGCCUCACCUUUCUGUAUGUCUCACUGCCAAUGCUUUGUAAUUUUUGCAUCUUGGCUGGCAUUUUUUUUAUAAAAAAUCUACAUUUUUGGAGCUAGUAAAAGACACCGGCUUAUGUUAUUUAAAUAUUCAUGUCUUAUAGAGUGGGUGGUUGAAUUUAAUAAUUAAAAACAAAUUUUAUCAGUAAGGUUGUUCAUUUUUCUUCAGGUUCUCCCUUCUAGUACUUACUAUUUUCUAUCUCUGUAGUUGAAUUACUUCAUUAAAGACCCUUUUAUCGCGUGAGGCUUGAAGGACCCAGACUUCAAUUAGGAUCAACUAAAGCUGAUUUUCUACAGACUGAUUUCAGCCAAGAUACAGUUAGUCCCAAUGAUUAACAAAGGCAGUCUCUCAAAAUGAUAUUUCACUUUAUUGAUAAAUGUGGUAGGGAGUGUGGUUUUCCCAUCUUAAUGCCUUACCUAUUCUAAUGAAAAUGAGAUAUGAUAGCUAUCUCGCUACAAUUUUGAUUUCUAAGUGGUUCUUAUGUCAUUUUAAAUUUAGAACUUAAAUGUUUCACCAUUUAGUGACAUAUAUCUUAGUUUUAUGUCUGUGCCCCAGCUAGUCAGAGAUAAUAUGCUCUAAUAUAUUGUUUCCAAAAUCAAGUUUUCUGAUUACAGUGGAUCAGCAUAUGAAAAAUGGAGACUAAUAUUAAUCUCAGAUUUUGUCAGUCAUAGUUUUAGUAAUAAUUUAGCAAUUUCUUUAAAGACUCGAUCUUUGUUUUUCAAAUGCUUUGAAGUUAUGUUAUCUCUUCAUGUUAGUACCUUGAUAGUAUGAUAAAAACAACAGGGAAAAAAAGCACCGGUGAUCUUCCAUGCUCACAUCCUCUUGUGCAAUUCCAUGGAGCUCAGUGAAGAGUUUUAAAUAGUUUGGCUUAUAGAUGAUUAAUUUGUGUGAGGAGGUUUAAAGAGAUAGGAGUUUGGACGAAAGUUGAACUGUGAAUGGGAUAAAUUAAUGUUAGUAAUAAAUGAGAUUUUCUAUUAAGUGCAAUUUGCUUCAGAAAAAAACAUACCUAAAAGGUAUAAAACUUUGUAGUCAUAACAGAACUUAAUCCAAAUCUGAAUUAGUUUCACAGAACUCAGGGUUGUAUAUUAUUCUAAAAGGCUUAUCCAGCUGCUCCACUUAACCUUACAUCAUAAGCAUUUUCUGUGCUGCCAUUGUUUUGUUAAUAUUUUGUUGGCUGCAUCAUAUUAUAUUAGGUCAAUUGACCAUAAUUUAACCUAAUCAUCUUGCUGUUGUUCAAUGUUUAAUCCUGGGAACAUAUGAAAUAAUUUACUUUAAGAUUCAAGUCAUGUUCUCGUCAGCAUCAUACCAACCAAGUUUUUUCACUCAAUAUUCUGAACUCUAUCUAGGUGUAAUUAAUAUUAUUAAAGAGUGUGCCUAGAACUAAAAGACUAUCCAAAGAUUCAUAAUUCUAUA